CUGAAAAGUCAUCGUGUGGAACUACAAGCCACAGCCAUUCGUUCAGUGUUCUGCGCAGAGGUAGGAAGAUAGCGCCCUUGAUCUUACUCUGUGAACUCUUCAGACUGCAGGACAAUAAGGACAAUUAAGAUCCUGUGGAAAUGUUUCUAUAUAUCUUUGGUCUGGUGGUCUUCUACUAUGUCUACCGGUGGUUUAGAGAGUUGAAACGAGUACCAAACAAAUCAGAGAAGUACGUCUACAUCACGGGCUGUGACACUGGCUUUGGAAACCUCCUGGCCAAACAUCUGGACACACUGGGCUUCUGUGUAAUCGCUGGCUGCUAUACAGAGAAAGGAGAGGAUGAACUAAAGAAGGCCUGCUCAUCUAGACUCUGUACUGUCCAGUUAGAUGUGACUGACAAUGAGAGUAUCAAAAAAGCUACAGAUGCCAUUAAGGCACUGGUUGGAGAUAGAGGUCUAUGGGCUGUGGUAAACAAUGCAGGGGUCUCCAUUCCAUCUGCCCCCAAUGACUGGUUGGUUAUUGAAGAUUUUAAACACAUGAUCAAUGUUAAUCUGCUUGGAGUCAUUGCUGUGACUCUGAGCGUGCUGCCCCUCAUAAAAAAGGCAAAGGGCCGUGUGGUCAACAUAGCCAGUGUGUUUGGAAGGGUCAGCCCAGUUGGAGGACCAUACUGCAUCUCAAAAUAUGGAGUAGAGGCAUUCAAUGACAGUCUGAGGAUGAACAUGGCACCAUUUGGAGUUAAGGUACUGUGUAUUGAGCCUGGAUUCUUCAAAACGAGUGUGACUGACAUUAAUCUUAUUCAGAGCAAUAUUCAAAAAUUAUGGGACAGACUGCCACAAGAUGUCAGGGACGACUAUGGAAGUGACUACAUGGAUCGUGUGAAGGUAAUGAUGAAGCAGAUGUUUGUGAAGAUGCUGGAUGGUGAUUUGAUGAAGGUGGUGAGCUGUAUGGAGCAUGCUAUCUCUGCUGUCCACCCCCGUUCACGCUACUCUGCUGGCUGGGAUGCAAAAUUCUUCUGGUUGCCUCUCUCCUACAUGCCAAGCUGCAUUGCUGAUGUUUUACUGUUAAAAGAUGUCGUUAAACCCAAGGUUUCCACUUUGUAGUCUGCAUCAGUAUAUUAGUACAGAGCUAACCACUUUCUCACAUGGAAGAUAUCAUGGAAAAAAAUGAGAGGCUGCAGCCUAACAAAUGUUUUAAUGGUCAUUUAUAGAUACUUAUUUUCAUUAUGAGCAGUUAAGUGAAGUACUGCUUGACUAGAAACUCAAUGUUUUGUAGACGCUGGUGUAUUUUGUACAAGUGAAGAGAAACUUGUGUAAGGAAAAUGAAAUUUUAAGGCACA